GAAUUUCGAUGGGCUUUGAGCAGUCUCGUUUUGAGAAUUGGAAAAGACGUUGCAGUGAUUCGAUAUGUAUUAUAAGCCUCUCUUUGUUCUGAGCUUCGUCCUUUUUACGACCGUGUGCGCUCGUUCAGUACGCGAUGUCUCCACUAAUGCCGAAACUCCCACGGUUUUAAAUUUAUUUGAAGUCAUCAAUGAAAAUUUCAAAAAAAUUGGAAAUACCGUUUCACAAUCAUUCAACGCUCAAGCAUUCGAAGAGACCGGACGGGAUGUAGCUAAACAAUUAGAUGAAUGGGGUGCCAAUAUCAAGAAAGAGACAGAAAGUUUAAAAGACAAUGAGGCAGUGAAAAGUUUCCGAGCAUCUGUAGACAAGGUUUUGGAUGAAAUCAAACAAUCGCCUGAUGCAAAAGCCAUUAUCGAAAAAUACAACAGUGGAACUGAAGUGCUUAAGACUGAAUUCGAGAAAUUUCAAAAGACUCAGGAACCUAAGCUGAAAGAUCUUGCCCAAAAGAUUUUGGAACAAACUACCACAAGUCUUCAAGAUAUUACAAAGGUGUUUGAAAAAGAUGUAAAGCAAUAAAACAGCAGGUGGCAUACUAGUUUGGAUUAAUGGUUUCCUCUUCGUAGCAUAGCGGCUAUUAGCUAUUAGAAUGAGGGAUAUGACAUUAAAAAUAAUGGGAAUGUUUUUUGGCGCGAAAAACUAUUUACCGUUCGGAAAUGCAUAAAACAAUGAUGGUCUUAUGCUCCAUAUUUUUAUUAUUAUAGAGUUUCCCCAUCUCGGAAACUAGUAACUACUGGAGAUAACGUACUGGAUGUCGAUACAAUGCUUUGUUGUUUUGUGCUAUGAUGUACAGUAUUUUUUGUUAAUGGAUCUGGUUCAAAAAGGACUUUACCAUAUUAAAUGUUUGCAAUAUGA